AUGGAAGACCAGAUCACUUAUGAAGUUAAAGACAGAGCAGUAUUGAUUACUUUGAACAACCCGAAAAAACUCAACUCGUUAACCUUACCACAAUAUGAUACACUUUGCAAGUUCUUAGAAAAAGCAAACAACGAAGAGGGCACCAUCAUCACUUUAAUUCAAUCUACAGGCAGAGUCUUUUCUGCAGGUGCCAACGCUGAUUAUAUUACAUCUCAAGAUACCGAGCUCGACACUUGGUUAAACUUGAUGGUGGCAAAGCAAACAUUUUUGGUGCAGACGUUUCUUGCCCACAGAAAAAUACUAGCAGUGGCUUUGAAUGGUCCAGCUAUAGGUUUAUCGGCAUCCUUUGUGGCACUUUGUGACUUGGUCUAUGUCAAUGACUUGUCGAAAACAUUCUUGUUAACUCCCUUUGCAAACGUCGGCAUUCUUGCUGAAGGUGGUACAUCUGCUACACUUCCAAUUCGUUUAGGCUGGUCCAAAGCUGCUGAAGCAUUGUUAUUGUCCAAAAGAAUUUCUGGCCAGGAUUUGCAAAAUGCUGGGCUUGUAAAUAAACACUAUGGAGGGAAAUUCAAAACGGCAGAGGAGUUUAAUUCUACCGUCUUGAGUGAAUUGCUCGAUGCUACAGAAAACUUGCACGUUGACUCCAUUUUGCAAAACAAGGAGUUGUUGAAGGCGAUUUACAAGCCAGCCAUCAGUAUGAUUAAUUCUCAAGAAGUCUACAGAGGAGUUUACAAGUGGACUUCAGGAAUUCCCACAGCCAGAUUCAAGAAACUUGCCAGUGGCGAGUUGAAACACAAGUUGUAG